AUGCCGUUUUAUUUCUGGACAUGCAUGUGGUGCUCCCUCUUCACCGUCCUAGUGGCGGUCUUCGACUUGUGUGCUCUCAUGAAGCACGUCACUAUGUUCAGCGAAGACAUCUUCGCUGGAUUGAUCUCGCUCAUCUUCAUCAUCGAUGGUGCGCGGCCGAUCAUCGAGAAUUUCACGGAAAACAGGCUGACGCUGACGAACUGCAUGUUUGAAGCUCUCUUGUUCAUCUGGACAUUCGGCUUAGCGACUUACUUGUCCAGCUUCCGCCGAAGCCCUUGGACCUUCCGUUUUGUUCGCAACUUUGCGGCCAAUUUCGCAGUGACCAUCGCUUUGGUUAGUGGCUCCGCGUUGGCCGCCAUUUACUCCAACGACACAGGCCUGAGAAUGUUGCAGGUGGACGCAGACUUCUCGCCGAACUUGAGUUUGUCCGACGGCAGCAAGCGGCCGUGGAUCAUCAAUCCCGCCGGCAUGGACCGCCCCUUCCCAGCUUGGGGUAUUGCUUAUGCAAUCCUCCCGGCGAUUGGCUUCGCAGUCUUGGGUUACUUGGAUCAAAAUCUCACUUCUGUGAUCGUGAAUAGACCCUCCAACAACCUGAAGAAGCCGGCUGCAUAUCACCUGGAUUU